GAGUAGGAGCAUCGCCCCGGCGGACAGUUGCGGCAGCCUUCUGGCUCGGAUAUAUUUGUCUCAUUGUCUGGAUUAAUAGCCCGCAGAUAGACUCCGGGAUGCCUUCAAAUGUACAAGGAGGGAAAGCCUUUGGACUGUUGAAGGAGCAGCAAAGGUCCAAAUUGGAGGAAAUAAACAAGGAAUACCUGGAAGACCAGAAAUACAGAGAUGAAGAGGACCUGCCUGAAAAAUUGGAAGGGCUCAAAAAUAAAUACUCAGAAUUUGACCUGAAUGACCAAGGAGAAAUUGACAUGAUGGGCCUGAAGAGGAUGAUGGAGAAGCUGGGGGUGCCCAAGACCCACUUGGAGUUGAAAAAAAUGAUCAUUGAGGUGACGGGCGGAGGCAGCAGCAACACUAUCAACUACAGGGACUUUGUCAAGAUGAUGCUGGGCAAGCGCUCAGCCGUGCUCAAACUAGUCUUGGUGUUUGAGGACAAAGCCAACGGCGCCACCUGCAAACCGGACGGACCCCCUCCAAAGCGGGACAUUUCUAGCCUGCCUUAGCCGUAGACGUGAGCCUCGGGACUGCUCCUGAGAGCAGAGGGACCAUCCAACCGUUCUCUUGACAUGUGGAGUGUUGUAUUAGUGUGGGACCAGUGAUUUGAGGAUGUUAUUUUGUGAUAUAUGGUGUGUGUGCAAGCUGUUUGUCAUUUUUGGAAGUCUGAGCCCACAACACACUAAAUGAUGUUUGACUGGGAAUAUUAUCAUUCAUCUUCUUUUUUUUUUUGCUCCCUUUUAAUUGAAAUGUAGCAUUGGUUAGUUAUACAUGUCAUCGGCUUGGUAAAUUACAUUUUGUUGUGACUGUCUCAUGGAUAUAUUUGAAGGGAAGACUCCAGACUACAGAGGUCGCUUUUCCUUCCUUGUUAUUAUUUUUUUUUCGGGGAAGCGUUCAUUUUAGCGAUGCUUUUGGAGAAGCACAAGGAAGAGAAGCAGUUUUUCCCAACACAUUUUUGCACUGUCCUCAGUAGUCUUGGAUGAAUUCCCGCCAGGCUAAUCUUAGUCAGCGGCUCAGAUCCGGUGCCAGAGAUAACAGACCGAGCUUCCUUUGGGUCAAAGUCAUCAGCCCGUUGGAGCCGAAACACUGAUCUGGAAUCAGUAACUAGGUUAUCACGGCCACCUUAUGAUCAAAUAAACUUUUUUUUUUGUUUGUUUUUUUUGUAGAUAACUGUACUGCUAUGCGUUUUUUUUAAUAUUCCUCUCUCGGCUAGUGUGAGUGAACAAGAGAUCAUGUUGACCAUGGGACGUUCAGUUUCAGUAUGUGGCUUGAACAGCAAACCUGACUCGGUUUUUUUUUAGAUCUGUUAGGUUAAGCACAUGUUAGUUUUGGAGGGAGUGUGAUUUACGGGCACACAAGCGUAACAAAUGUACAUAAUAAACUCCACACAGUACAAUCAUAUUCUUUCCAAGUGCCUCAACAUGCAGAUGCUGUGUAGAGCUUAAACACACCCAUUGAAAAAAAGGAGGGAGUGCACAUACGUGUUCAGUUCCAGCAGUCCUCUUAGUUUGCUAAUACCACAAAAAGAGAAAAACAUGAAAUUAUGUUCUUUGUUCUUUGGUGAGGUAGUUUUGAUGAUGUGUGUUGAAUUAUAUUGAUAUGGUGUUUCCACAACAUUCUGAGUGAGUGAAAUUCUCAAGUGGUGAAUUUUUUAAAAUGUCAUUUUUUUCCCUUUUCCUUGACAUUAUUAUUUUUUUGUUUUUAUGUCACAACAAGCGUUUAACCAGUUUGUUGGGUGAUUUGACUGCUAAGGUUAUCUUAUACUUCAUACAUGUGUUAUUAGUUUCACUUUCUCUUGGAUUUAUUUUUUCUCCCUCACACAUUUCUUCUUUCGUCUCCUAACCGUCCCUCUCUGUUGAACUGCGUUCAUUGUCCUGUGAAUUCUGUUAUUUGUGCCUCAGUGUCCCUAUAACUCACGCUACUUACUGUGAAUUUGGUACUCGUAGUAUUUUUAAUCCACUAAACGUGUUUUUAAACUAUUAUUUGUUUUCAGUCUGAUAGGUGUAUUACAUCUUUUAAUGUUGUUAAGAUGCACAUUGUUUGCAGACACCAAAGGAAUUAAAAUUAUUCUUACACUG